CAAAAGUCAAAAACCAACCUUUCGAUUUUAUUUCUUCUCCAACCAUUCUCAAUCUUCUCCAAUGGCUUCCUUAUCCUUCGUUUCCUCUUCCCACCUUACGCUACGCACUCCUUCUAUUUCCCUACGCAGCACUGGCUCUUCUCCUAGAACCUCCGUUUCAUUCUCCGUCAAGGCUCAAUCCGUCGCGCUUUCACAGGACGAUUUGAAGAAGCUCGCGGCGGAGAAAGCUGUAGAGGCAAUUAAACCUGGAAUGGUUCUAGGUCUUGGAACCGGAUCAACCGCAGCAUUCGCCGUUGAUCAGAUCGGGAAACUACUCUCUUCCGGUGAACUCUACGAUAUUGUUGGUAUCCCAACGUCGAAACGAACGGAGGAACAAGCACGAUCGUUAGGGAUUCCUCUUGUUGCGUUAGAUACGCAUCCGAGAAUCGAUCUCGCUAUUGACGGAGCAGACGAGGUAGAUCCGAAUCUUGAUUUAGUCAAAGGUCGUGGAGGUGCUCUUCUCCGUGAGAAAAUGGUGGAAGCUGUGGCUGAGAAGUUUAUCGUUGUGGCUGAUGAUACCAAACUCGUUACAGGACUCGGUGGAAGUGGAUUAGCUAUGCCGGUGGAAGUUGUUCAAUUCUGCUGGAACUUUAAUUUGAUUAGAUUGCAGGAUCUGUUUAAGGAAUUUGGAUGUGAUGCUAAGCUUAGAGUUGAUGGAGAUGGCAAGCCUUAUGUGACUGAUAACAGUAAUUACAUUAUUGAUUUGUAUUUUAAGAAUCCUUUGAAGGAUGGAUUCGCGGCGGCGAAAGAGAUCGGCAAGUUUCAAGGAGUGGUGGAGCAUGGUCUGUUUCUAGGAAUGGCUACUUCUGUGAUUAUCGCUGGAAAGAAUGGUGUUCAAGUUAUGACCAAGUGAGGUUCAAAAUUCAAUCUUUCUUCUUCUUCUUCUACAUUUGAUUGACAAUUUUUCUCCUUUGUAAAAUUACCAAUUGAGUUUAUGUGAGAUCAUUUCAAUUUCGUGAAUUCGAAAAAAUCAGCAAAAGUUGAAUCAGAUCAAUAAAAAUGUCAACUUUUUUAUA